UGAGGAUACCGUAAUUGGUCCGGGAAUAUGUGCGCAUGCAAUCAACUAACCGCGAGUUAUGAAACUGCAAAGAGAGCUUAUGAACUGAAGAGUAAUUGCUAUUGAAGUACUGAUGGGCUGCACCAAUGGAGCACAAUGAAGAAGAAGAGGACAGUGGUUCCACCAUUCUGAUUGAAAGUGAUGAAGAUCUGUAUGAUUCAGAUGCUACAGAGAUAUCAGAGGAUGAAGACCAACAGGAAGAGCACAGAGGCCAAUCACGGUCAAGAUCACAGGAAGAGAGCAGGGUCAAUACUGAUCCAUCUCUCCCUGCCUUGCCAACCAUGCCAGGUCAAGGGUCACAGUCUGACAGUGAAUCACUGCUCAUGCUUCCACAGCAGAGCAGUGGGAACCAGAUGAAUCCAGCUGAGACCGGUUUGCUUCAGCACAGACAUGAUGCAGUUGCUGAUGUGGACAUUCCAGGCCCUAGUGGUUUGCAAGCAAUCAGAGCUAGCCAAUCAGCAGCUAGCUCAAACCCACAUGCAAAUGAGGCUAGUACCGAUACCCAAUCACAGGCAGGAGUAGUUUCAGAUACUCCGAGACCUCUGGUGAGCGAUGGCAAUAGACCUGUACCUGAUGCUGACCUGGGUCAAAGCUCAGAUGAUAGUGACACUCUGAGACCAACAACCAAUCGCAUGCCAGAAGCUAAUGAUAUGCAUGGAGCAUCAACCAAUCAGGAUGAAGAUGAUGAACCCAUGGAGACAGUGACUGAAGAUGAGAAUAGUAAUGACUCUAUGUCUGACUUCCAGGAGCCUAAGAAACCAGCGGUUGGUGCAUGUGACACAGGGAACGAUGAUAGCGCAAGUGACGAUGAAUCGCAAUCCUGUAUCAUCUGCUAUGAACCCUGGACCACAUCAGGUUCUCAUCGUCUUGUCUCGCUACGCUGUGGUCAUCUUUUCGGUCAAAGCUGCAUAGAGCAGUGGUUGAAAGGGCAAGGAGGUAAAUGCCCACAAUGCAACACCAAGGCUAAGAAGACCGAUGUCCGAGUGAUCUAUGCCAAGGCUCUCAAAGUUCUCGAUACAUCGGAAAGAGAUCGAGCAUUGAAAGACCUUGAGAGAGAGAAGGAGCUGAGGAGGAAAGCCGAGAUGGACGCAGCUCAGACACAGCUUAGAUAUGUGAUGGCUUUAGAAGAGGUGAAGAGGAUGAAAGCAAUAUUUGAAUCACAUCAGCAAUCUGCAGCACGAAAUCCUCUGUCUAGCGUAGCAUCAUGUAGCAGUCAACAGCCACAUCACAGGUUAUCAGGUCAAUACACUCUGGACAAGACUAUCCAAGUGUCACCGAAUGGCAACUGUCGAGUGAUGGGAUAUGAUCCAGCCAAUCAGCUGCUUCUAGCUUCAAUGCCUUCAUCUAAUGUACUCUUUCAGGGCUACGGCCUUAAAAAGAUAAGUGCAAUGGAUUUCAAAUCAUGUCAGUAUAUUCCCAUACACUCUAAACCAAUCAGAGGCCUAGCCUUCACUGGGAGGAAUGAGGGGCUUGUACUGACCGCAUCGGUAGAUAAGAUGCUCAAGAUUACUAGUCUCGCAAGCAACACGGUCGUACAAUCGUACACUUGUCCCAUGCCAGCCUGGUGUUGUGCCUGGAACACUGCUAACACCAAUUAUGUAUAUGCGGGACUACAGAAUGGAGCAGUGGUUAUAUACGAUACUAGGAAGACAGACACAGAGGUUCAAACCUUGACGAGAGAGGGCUCUCGAUGUCCCAUUGUAUCACUGAAAUACGUACCAAGCAAGACAGGAGAUGCUCUUCCCUGCGGAGGCUUACUGAUUGGAACACUAGAGGGAGCUUCAUUCUGGGAGCAGCUAUCUUGUGAGGAGUAUAGAAUGCAUAAACUCCAUCUAGAAGGAAGCUGCACAGGCGUAGCAUUUGAACCCCAAACAAGACACUGUCUGGCUUCCUUUAGACCGACCAAGUCACAUCCAGCUUCCAGAUAUGUGAUGUGUGAGAUGAAGAGACAGCAGGUUGGUGACCAUGGUAACAGCCUAGUCUCAUGUAACUCUGUUCAGACCUUCUUUGGAGGAACCACCAUGAAGCUGCUCACUCAAUCAGCUAUCUUCCCUGUACCUCAGGAUGAUGAUAAACUCAUUGCUUGUGCUGGAGACGAGGCUACAUCAUCAGUGUUUACUUGGGACGCAAGUUCAGGCAACCUCACCCAGAAGAUGUCCAUCGGUAGCACAGCAUUAGAUGUAUGUCCAUUUGAAGUGGGAGACACCAACUACCUAGCUGCACUCACUGAUAAACAAAUCAAACUAUGCAAGUGGGUCCAGAGAUGAAUGGACUUCAGAUGUGUAUGUGUAGUACAGCAUUGAGGUUUGUCCACAAUUGCCGGAGUAAAUCAGCAAGGUUUAUUGCGGCGGUUUUCGACUAUGCUACAAGUGGGGAUGACAAAAGGAUUUGCAAACACAACAAUGGUCCUACCUGAACUGACUCCUCUGUGUGUCAUGAGGUACGAACAAGUGAAUGGCAGUAGACGAACAACCCUUGGUAACUGCUUCAGUUUUCAGGAGCUUAUUUACCACCGUUAGAAGGAGAGCUUAGCAGACCUGAGGAUGUAACCAUUGCCUCUACUGUUGUGGGUUAAUCUUGUUCUACGUCUUCUGUAGAAUAAAACCCCUCGGUAACUGUAUGGCAGGUUUUUACUCUGUACACAAGUAUGCUCUUGUUAAAGUAUUGGAAGGACAGCAUGGCAUGUUACCAUUGCCACUACUGCCUCGUGUUAGUCUUGUACUUCAUCUUCUGUAGACUAAAAACCUUUGGUAAAUGCCACAGUUUACAGGAGCUUAUUUACAAGAUGUUAGAUGUGUGGUCAUUUCUCAUGGCUGUGGCAGGUUUUUAG